AUGGAAGAGGACAAUGACAACGCAAUAUAUAAAAACAUUGCAAAUCUUCCCCCCAUAAAGCAGUUGAUUCAAAUAUUGAAUUCUUCGAAUACCACAAACAACCUUCUUCAAGUCUUAAUAGAAAAUGUGGACCAUGAAGAAGUCAACCUAGAAUUCAUCAUUGAAAAUCAGAGAGGUAUGAAAUUCUUUGGUAUUCCGUUGUUUUCGGAAGAGUCACUUGUACCUUUAAUAGACCCUUCUAGUUAUCAGACGCUCAAAGGUACUAAUAUGCUGCUUAGCUAUAACGAUCUUAACAAUUACGCCUUACCUGACUUAGACUGGGAAUGGUCAUGGCCUAACUGGUAUGUGCUUAUGUUUGAUGAUGUUGAUGAUCAAGGAUGGAUAUAUUCGAAGAUGUUUUUUAGUAAUCGCCAUUGGAAAGGCAAAUACCAUUUGGGCAAUUUUGUACGGAGAAGAGUUUGGAUUCGAAUGAGAAAUAAAAAAGUGCCAAAGGACGAAGAUCUUAGAUCACGAAGUCACAUAGCAGAUAUAGAGAAUGAUUGUUUGGAGCUCGCCUAG